AUGAACCUAGUCAAUGUAUCAACUGUCACAGAGUUUUUCCUCCUGGGUCUGUCCCAUAGUAAGGACCAGCAAAUGCCACUCUUUGCUCUUUUCUUCACAAUGUAUCUGGUAACAGUCUUAGGUAAUUUGCUCAUAGUAGCUGUAAUUGGCAGUAGCCAGGAGCUGCACAAUCCAAUGUAUUUUUUUUUGGGAAAUCUUUCCUUUGUUGACAUUUGCUUCAGCUCAGUAACUGCUCCUCUUAUGCUCAGAAAUCUUCUCUGGGAUCGGAAAACCAUUUGUUUUGAAGGAUGUAUGAGCCAGUUAUUUUUUCUGUUUUUUACAGGGAGCAUGGAGUGCUUUGUCCUAGCAGUAAUGGCUUAUGACAGACUAGUUGCCAUCAACAACCCUUUACGCUAUUUAUACAUCAUGCACAGGAGAAUGUGUUUGGCUCUGAUAGUCUUCUCAUGGACAUUUACAGCUUUGCAUUCGCUUCUACAUAUAUCUAUAGUUGCUUCAAUGACGUUUUGUGGUCCAAACAAAAUACAUGAGUAUUUUUGUGACCUUCCUCCCUUGCUGGCUCUCUCCUGCUCCGACACAUCACAAUAUGACCUUUUAGUGUUCACUGAAGGCUCGUUUGUAACCAUGAGUCCCUUCGUAUUUGUAGUUAUCUCCUACUGCCGGAUUCUCAAAACCAUCUUGAAGAUACAGUCAUCCACAGGAAGGUACCAAGCGUUCUCCACAUGUUCCUCCCACCUCACUUCCGUUGGACUUUUCUUUGGAACUAUCUUCUUUACUUAUUUCCGCCCAUCUUCCUCCUCUUCAGUGGAGGACAAUAGAUCAGUGACAGUGGUGUACUCAGUUCUUACUCCUCUCCUCAAUCCUUUUAUAUAUAGUUUGAGGAACCAACAAAUUAAGGCUGCUGUGAAAAAGAUCUAUCAUCGGAUGUUUAGGAUAAAUACAAAGGAUACGGGAAAAUGUAAAUAA